AUGGGAUUACUUACAAUUAUUAAAAAACAAAAAUUAAAAGAUAAUGAAAUAAGAGUAUUAACAUUAGGUUUAGAUAAUUCUGGUAAAACUACCAUUAUUAAAAAAAUGUUAAAUCAAGAUAUUAAUACUAUAUCACCCACCAUGGGGUUCCAAAUCAAUACAUUAUUCUAUACCCCAAAAAACAACAACAACAAUAACAACAACAGUAACAGUAACGGUAACGAUGAAUAUACAUUGAAUAUAUGGGAUAUUGGAGGUCAAACUAGUUUAAGAUCAUUUUGGGCCAAUUAUUUUGAUAAAACCGAUAUUGUAAUAUGGGUUAUUGAUGGAUUAAGUUUAGAACGAUUAAAUGAAUCUUAUAAAGAAUUAAAACAAAAAAUAAUUUUACAAGAUCGAUUAAUUGGAAUAUAUUUAAUUGUGGUGAUUAAUAAAAUUGAUAUAAUACCUCAACGAGAUUGGUCAAAUUUAAAGACAAAAGUCAUUGAUUUAUUACAAUUGAAUAAACAAAUCCCACAACGAGAUAAAUGGCAAGUAGAAUUAGUAAGUGGGAAAACUGGUGAAGGUAUAGAUAAAGUGUUACAAUGGAUUGUCACCAGAGAAUAA